AAGUCACAACUUUAGAGUGGGUGGAAUGGAGCGGCUUCGGGGGAUAAGUUUGCUUUAAACCUCACGGCCAGUGAGAGCUUGACGCUGCUAUCACCUGGCCGAGGGCUGUGCGCAUGCGCAGCGCCCCGCCGGCCGCCGCGGAGGUUGGAACGCGAGCUUCCCGGGAGUUUAGCGGCUGCAUCGAGUGAUCGGCGGGGGGAGAGAAGGAGGAUACACGCCCCCCCCCCACCACUCCCCUUGCCCUUGUCUUCCAGUCUGGCCGGCGCAGAGUGAAAGAUCCUGGUGCUUUGGUGGAUGAAUCAUGAAAAAAAUAUGACUAUUUUGGGACAUUACACUCUUCGGUGGAUUGCAUGCCGAAAAUCCUGUGAAUGAUAGAGCUUAUCAGCAAACGUUGGAACAAUGGCAGUGAAUUAGCCUCAGCCUUUAAGGAUCUUGCAAGGGGUUGGAAAAAGCCCGAUUAUUUUUUCUUUUCUUGGAUUACAAUGCAAGUGAUGAGUUGCCUGUCAUUUGUAAAUGACAAAGAGAAUGCAAGUUCUGCAUCAAUCUCUGAUUUAAUCCCUGAGGCAUCGACGCCACCACCCUCACUCCCAGGGCCUCCACCACCUCCUCCACCUCCACCUCCUCCACCGCCACCGCCACCAGGACUCCCUCCUCCGCCAUCGGGUUCCCGAGCUGGUCGUCAAAAACGAAUACGCAGUUUCUUCUGGAAAACCAUCCCUGAGGAGCAUAUUCGUGGAAAAACAAAUAUCUGGACAAUUAGCGCAAAAGAACACUCCUACAGGAUUGAUACAAGGACUAUUGAGGAGCUGUUCGGUCAGCAAGAUGAAGUCAAAAUUAAAUCUGAGGCAGCAAGUUCAAGAUCUUCGUUUAAAAGCAACAACAAAGAGAUCAAUAUUCUGGAUGCGAAAAGAAGCAUGAACAUUGGAAUAUUUCUGAAGCAAUUCAAAAGAUCAAAUCACUGCAUCAUUGAAGAUAUUCGGACUGGAAAGAGUGAAGGAUAUGGAUCUGAAAAGCUGCGUGAGCUUCUCAAAAUAAUACCAGAGGCGGAAGAGGUCAAGAAGUUACAAGCCUUCAAAGAUGAUGUGAACAAGUUGUCACUUGCAGAUUCAUUCAUGGUCAUGUUGAUACAAGUCCCAAGCUAUGCUCUUCGGAUGGAAGCCAUGAUUCUUAAAGAAGAGUUUACUCCUGCCUGCUUGGCAUUAUCCAAGGAAAUGAAAGCAAUGCAAACAGCUAUAAAAGAACUGAUGACCUGUGAGGAACUUCAUGCGAUUUUACAUUUAGUUCUGCAGGCAGGCAACAUCAUGAAUGCUGGAGGUUAUGCAGGAAAUGCUGUGGGCUUCAAAUUAUCUUCUUUGUUGAAACUGGCCGACACAAAGGCAAACAAGCCAGGAAUGAACUUGCUCCACUUUGUCGUUCUGGAAGCACAAAAAAAGGAUGCUGGUCUUUCAUCUUUUCCUGAGAAGCUACAGCACAUUCAGGAGGCAGCCAGAUUGUCAGUUGAUAACAUUAAAGCUGACCUACAGUCACUCACCAGUAGAACAAAAUGGAUGGAAGAACACUUAAAGCAAGAUGUUGAACUACUUCAUCAAAUGGGGGAUUUCAUUCAGCAAGCUUUGAGAGAAGUAGAGAGAUUGGAGAGAGAGCAGACGGAAUUGCAGACAGAAGCCCAUACUCUCAUCGAUUUCUUCUGCGAAGACAAAGAAACAAUGAAAUUAGAAGAAUGUUUCAAAAUUUUUCAAGACUUCUGUGAUAGGUUCAAAAAAGCUGUCAAGGAAAACAGAGACAGAGAAAUUCAGGAGCUCCGUCGACAACAAAGGCUAAAGGAAUUGGAAGAGAAACGGCAUUCGUGGGCUGCUGGUGAACGAAAUGUCUUUGGAAGGAGCAGCAGUGAAAAUGAUGUGAAACUGCUUAUCACAGACGGAGAACAUGACCUUAUUGCUUUCACUCAGCUGAGAUCUCAAAGCCCUGGGGGUUUAAAGAGAACUAGAAGCAGACGCGUCCGGUCAUCUGAAAGCUCUGCUAUUGACAGCCAUCUAUUGUCAUUUUUACAGGCUGCUGGUGCAGAUGAACAAGCUAAAUCAAGGAGUAUGCCCUGGUCUGUUGCACGUUGUUCUAAACAGCGAGCAGCUUGGCAAGGGAUGUCAGACACUCAAGAUAGAAGCUCAGAUAGUGCCUACUUUGACUCUGAUCAAGGGUCUUCUCAUAACACAGCUACAAAAGAUGGCCAUCUUUGCAAGGCAUCAACUGGGCCUGGUAUUACUAGGACGAAAGAGACUGCUUCUACAGAGAACUUAAGUAUCACAAAGACUGAAAAUGAAAUUGGUAAGAAUAAAGAGGAUGCCUACAAUAACAAUGAGAAUAUAGUAAAGGAUAUGGGGCACACAGACACCACAAACUUAAACCAUAUAACUGCCUCUAAACAACAACUUGAGCUUCUAGAAGGUUUACAGACUUUCAAUUACUCCAGCUGUAACGUAGCUGACUCUAGCCAAGUGAUGACUUGUGAUGAUACAACACUAACAGACCUGGAGUACACUGAAGACUUGAGUUUGCAGACACCUAGUACCGAUGUGAGUUUGCAAACGCCAAGUACAGAUGUGGGUGUGCAAACACCAAGUACAGAUGUGGGUGUGCAGACUCCCAGUACAGAUGCGAGUGUGCAAACUCCUGGUACAGAUGUGAGUUGGCAGACUUCUGAUAUAGAUAAGAGGCCCCUGAUGUUUGGUACGAGUGUAGCCAUUCAGACUUCAACUGUCUCUGAUGCUGGUGUAUUUUCUUCAAAUCUAGCUUCAAAGAAACCUAGUUGUGAUGAUGGUGAAUUUUAUUUUAAUACAGGUCCUCAGUCGUCACCACAGAAAAUAAAGAAUGAAGUAUCCAUUCAGAGUUCAAAUGCAAAAACACCUGGUGAUUCUGUUUCAAAUAAGGAAAGCAGAACCGUGUUUUUUGUUUUGGGAUACACAAAUGAUGGACGAGAUUGUUCUGAAUCCUCAGAGAAAUGUGAAGUAAAAGCCUGCCAGAUAAUUCAAGAAAAAUCACUAAAGGAAUUUGAAAAUCCUAAUAGUGAUCAGAUAGAAAUUUCUAACUUGGAAGUUGUGAAAAAGGACUCUCCCCCCAUUGCCACCUUGAAAAGUACAAACGUAAAAAAUUAUAUUUCUCCUGAAGUAGUUUCUGAGAAAGUCAAGUUAACAAAGGAAGCAAAGCAGAUUUCCGGUUCAAAGCAGCCUAGUACAGUCAAAGGAAAAGCACUGCCCGCUCCAAAAACAGCUUUGCAAUGUUUGAACAGUGUAGAUCCUCCGAAACCUUCAAGGACAACAGAUCACCCCAACAACAAUGAAAUAAGAAGAGUCUUGUCAAUAUCAAAGUCAAGCAGAAGAUCAAAUAGUGUCAAAAGACAAGAAGCAAAACCAUUAAGUAAUGAUGAACCAAAACACCCUCAAAAGUCUUCAGGGUCAAAUUGGCGAGAUAACUGGUCAAAGACUCCUCGUAGGUCCAGCUAUCCUGUGACAGAACAAAAGCCAACAAAAGGGAUUGUUGCUUUAGGUAAUAUGUCUGAUAGUACCCCAAAGCGGAAAGACUCCCUCAGAAAGCCUAGUGCUAUGCCAGUCCGAAAUAUCUCCAGGCCAAAGCCUGAUGAAAGUAGUAAAAUCUGUCGCUCAGUUACAAGAGGUCUUCCUAAGUCCAACACAAAUAUAGGUGGAGCACCAGAAACCGUGGAGGGAAGUAGUUUAGCUAUGUCAAUUCCUACUCCCAGCUUUGCCAGAAAUACCGUGGCUUCCUCCUCUCGACGCCAGAGGACAGACUCCAGACCAAUUUCCAACCCAUCCCAGCAAACUGCCAAAGCAACAAAUCUCACCAGGGCCACUUCACAAAGGCAAAGUGUGGCCAAAUACACAGGAAUAAAUCAAACAAAGAGCAGUGAAAAUCCUCAUAUGAAAAGGGAAAAUAUUCAAAAACAGGGGAGUAAAACUGAAGAGGAGGGUAAAGCACCAACAUACAAAACACAGCAUGCAUACACAGGCAAUAACACUUCGCUAAAAUCAAAUGAAAAGAAACGCCUUUCAACCACAGAUUCCAUUAGAAGCAAGAAAACUCCAGAAAGGACACUGAAGUGGAAGUGAAAUGCCUUUUUAUGUGUAGAUUAGGACAGUAGAAAGUUAACAGCUUAGUAGAUCUUCCUGGAUGGAAGUUCUCCCCUUGUGCUCCUGCUGUUCAACCUUUCACUGGUAUUUAUUGCAGCUCUGCAUUGGGUAGGUUUUACCUGCUAGAAUGUUAGACUCCUAGCCAGAGGGCCAGAGUCUGAAUUCCAGCAUUGAAUAAUGCUUGGGCUUCACUUGUUUGAAGGAACUGUGAUCAGCCACCUUCUGUGGCAUCAGGAAGUAGAGCAGAAAACUGCCAGGACCAGGUUGCCUUUUAGAAGUGUGCCUCCUGCCAUUCAAACACAACUUAAUCGAUGUGCACAGAAACCUGUUGGCCUUGCCCCAUUUUAGAUGACACCAGGAGCAGAAGUUGAAAAUCCAAUGGGGUAAUGAUUAUCAAAAUUCAAAGUCAUACUCACAUUCAACUGGUGUUGACCCAGAACUCAGCAAACACCAUAUGGUUAGUGGCAAGAUAAUUGCUAAAUUCCUCAGGAAGAAGUACUGGUCUAUGGUAUUUUCAGGAUUAAGUUAGAGUGCUGCUUCUAUAUAAUGGAUUUUGAUCCAUUACAUAUGUCAAAAAGCUAAGCUAGCUUUAUAUCUCUUUGCAGUUGAUGAAUGUAUCUUUUUAAAAUGUCAAUAUUAAAUCUUCAAAUUUUUAGAAGAUGGAUAUUUAUAGCUAUGGUGGGCUGCUACUUUCUUUUUUAUUAGAGGGAAGUAUUGGUGCUAAAGAAAUGUAUAGAGAAACUAGUGAACGAAUGAGUGGGCUGAAGCUUCCACUUGAUUACAUAGUUGCAGCACAAUAAUUUAUUUUUUGUAUUGUGAAAUGAAUAAUGUGUAUAAUACAAAGUGCAUAGCAUAGUCUGUACAGUAUUGGUAUUCGUUAGCUAAACUCCAUGGAUGGGUUUGCCACACUAAGAUUCAGUCACUCGUACCAAAGGCUCAUUACGGUUAUAGGUAUAGCAAGAGAUUGGAACUUCAGAUUUAGCGGGAAUACUGUCUGUGGUCCUGCUCUGUUUUCUUACAGCUACUAUGGCUGUAAAAUUCUUACAGCGGUUGAAUUGAAUCCCUGUGUUGCAGGAGUUCCCUCACAUUAAAAAAAACUGAACAUUGUAGAGUUCAUAUCAAACUUGAUAAUAAUCAAUUCAAUGUUGAUUGUUGACUGGUGAGUUUUGAGCACAAACAGUGCCAUGAAAUAACAGCACACUUUGUACUUAAUAAUGUCCUUAUAUUUUACAGUGUGCUAAUAUGUAUAUGGGGAUGUUGCACUGUUUUCUUCAGCAGUUGUCUUUUUACGGACCUAAUUAAAUAUGAAAGCUGCUCAGUUGUUUGCAAUUGCUCUUUAUCCUGUGUCUGUCAUAGCAAUGGCAUAUGGGACGUUUCUUGUUCUCUUUCCGUAGUGAUUUUUAUGGGGCUAUAUUAUACUCCGAUUUCUCUCUAUAAACUACUUUAACCUAAAGUAAAUAUAUUUCUGUCAGAUCUGAGAUCAUUAUCUGUCUUAACAGAUACACUGCCUGCCUGUAAAAUGGAUUGAGACUGAAUGUGGGUAAAACUGAGAGGCCUCUGGCUUCUGAAGCUGUCCCAUUUACUUGAGAUGAUUUUUUAUAUUACUGGCAGAGUAAGGAAUUCCAGUUUACUUUUGUUUGUAAUUGAAUUAGCAUGGGAUGUUACUAUCCAUCCACCAUAGUGGUAGAGUUAGUCUGAUAUGACAAAACUGAUUUCCAUCCAGAAGAGCUCACAAAAGGUCAAUUUAACAGUGUCUAAUAUUUUGUCUUCAUAGUAACAUAUUUUUCUCAUUUGGAUUCAAGGAUGUUAACUUGGAUUCAUUGUCCAAUCCACCCCUUUGCCUAUUGCGCCCUCACGUGGCGUUGUGUAACAUGUCUAUGAAAACUGCUUUCCUUUAUCUUUCUAUCAGCAUCUGUGCUCAUCAUGUAUUAAAUAGUAAUGGCUCAAUAGCCAUUUCAAAUUUUAAGAUUAUUUUAAAUUUGUAAACAAAAGUGAUGUGAUUCUGUAAAUUGGAAUGAAGUGUAGUAUUUGCACGUUCCACAUACUUCUUUCUGUUCAGUCAAGUAUUAAAAGUCAA